CCGGUUCACAUUUUCAUUUCAUUAAAAAAAAUAUUACGAACGAUAGGAACGAAGAAAACAAGGUACAAAUAUAUCAACACAAUCAUUCCAUGUUAAAAUACGCCUUGCUUUAAUAAAACGUAGGUAUAAGAGUCAAUCACACGAUUUGUGACUUAAAUAGACUAAAUACUUUUACUAAACAAUUUUUAGCUACAACAAUAACACAACACUUACUAACACUUCACUAUAAUGACUAAAUCUCACAUUCACAUAUUCAUAUUUAUAAUUAUAUUAUAUGAAUAAUGAUAUAAAAUAAAUAUAUUAAUAUAUACUGCGAAUAACCCUGAGCGCCAUCAGCAGACCGAAAUCUUCAAACAAUGCCGAGCGUUAUCGGCAGAUCGAAAUCUUCGACUGAAUGGGUUCGCCUUGUUACUUUGUACUGUUAAAAGCCACUCAAUACUUAACUGUGUGUCUGCCUCUGGCUCAGCUUGUCAAAUAAAAUAAAGACCAAGUAUUUAUGAAACUAAGCGAGAUUGUAUCUGGCUUAAACAUGGUUUAUGCGGCUCAUCUUCAUGUCAAUCAUGUACAUGUUGCUUACAGUUUUUUUACGAAACUUGAAUGAACAUUCUAAUUAAAGAGAUUGAAACUAGAAUUUGAAUAACUACCCUACAUUGUUGGACAGAAUGACUUGAAUGAGGGAAAUUGAAUAAGUUAAAAGUAUAAUUAUAAUAAAACUAUAUGAAAAUAAUGAUAAUAAAACUAUGUGAACAGAAUAAUAAAGCUAUAUGAAGAGUAUAAUAAAACAAUAAGAAAAUUAUAAUGAAGCUAUAUGAAAAAAUAUAAUAAAACCGAUUUAAAGACACAUCUAUUUCGCAUACACCUUCUGGGAUGAUUGUCUACCUUAUUUUCCAGUUAAUGCAUAUUGGCUGUGUUGCUUAUGCUUGAAAUGCCUAGAAAGAUUUUGACAUUGUAUGCUUGUAAUUAGUUUUUGUAGUGUUGCGUUUGUUUUAAAUGUGGUAAAUUAUAGAUUUGUUUUUUGUUGACUUAGAAACGCGCUUCGAGCCUUUGGGGAUGAAGCGUGUUUUUAAAAUAAACUUUAUUAUUAUUAUUAUUAUAUGAAAAAAUAUAAUAAAACUAUAUGAAUAUUAUAAUAAAACGAAAUUUUUAAAUAUUUUUAUUUAAAAAAUUAUUCAAUUGAAAAAAGUAGUUCUCCCCGGCGGGGAAUCGAAGCCCGGUCUCACGCCUGACAGACGUGGACACUUACCACUAUGCUAUCGAGGAGCUGCCUACAAGUUUGAACUUUAUAUUUUAUAUUCAUAACCUAAUUUAUCACAUUAAAAUAAGGUCUCUGCGAAUAAUGCCGAGCCUUAUGGGCAGACCGAAAUCUUUGAAUAACAGCGAGCGUCUGCAGAUCUCUGCGAAUAAUCACUUCGUAAAUAUAAUAUGUGAAUGUGUCAUAGUCUAGUAUAGUUUUUUAAAUUUAUUUAAUGAAAUUAAAAAUUGAAGUCAAAGAAUCCAAUAAUUAAAUCAGAACUACUCUUCUAUUUUCAAACUAAUGGCAAUGGUUGUUUUUAUUAGUAAUUAGUAUGCAUUACCUAUUCUUAGACUAUUCUAUUCAUAUUAUAGGUAUAAUUAAAUUUAGCAUACAAUUUUGUUUAUAAUUUUAGGCUGUACUUGUUAUUAAAUUAAUUAUUUAAAAAUAUGAUGAAAAUGUGAAAUGUGACAAAGUUUUGCAUGCUUUAUUACUUUGAUAAGGCCUACUUAUUUUUAAUAUUUAUAAGUAUUGGGCAUAAAUUUUAAGCUAAAUUCCAAGUCUAAAUCAUUAAAUUAUUUACAAAGUAGAUUAGGCAGACCCUACUGACUUAUUCUACUACAGACUACUGGGUUAUUGGGUCAUUAUUUGAUAUAUCAUAUAUCAUAUAAUUUGCCAUAAAAGUUGGAAGGGGAAAUUGUAAAUAAAGUCUAGUUUUUAGUCUGCCCUAAUAAGUAGUUAAACAAAAUCACUUUUAACUAUAAGCUUCUAAAAAAACCUCAUCAUCAAAUGUCAGGACAAAGUGAUCAUGAUCAACUUUUUGGUCAAACUAACAUUGGUAAUGAGUAAUUACUUAGAAAUUAUGCCAAUUUGAACUAUUAGGGGCCUUCUACUUUACUACUAGGCAAACUAAUACAAUAUACCUGUAUUGGUUAUCAACCUGGGAGUCAUAGCCGCACAUAAAAUAAAUACAAUUUUUAAAUGAAACUUGUAAAAUAUGGUAGGCCUUUGGGGCUCCCCGAGGAAAUUGAUUCUAAAAUUGGCUCUGCGAGUCAAAAAGUUUGGGAACCUUUGCAAUAGACAAUGAACAAUAAUCAAUAGUAUUAAAUUAAUAAUUGCAAUCAUCAGUCAUAUUUUGUAAAUAUAAUUAUCAGUUAAUUAGUAAUAUGACUAGAGCUAAGCUGGGUCCUGCCCGCAUGUUAGGAAAUGCAGAGUAUUUGGCACCAGCUGCCUGGUGAAUACCUUGACCCGAAUACCUUGACAAUUAAAUGGAACUAGGUCCAGCUGUUUAAAUAAAUGUACAUGCACAUUUUUAACAGUUUUUUUUACAUUUAUAUUUGUGUAAAGACUUAUAUAAUACUAGAAAAAAAUUAGCGAGUGAUGCAAAACUAAAUGUAAUAUAAAUGAAACUAAAAAGUUCUGAAAAUAAUAAUGUACCUUUUGCAAAUUUUGUGUGAUUAUUUAUCUUUGCAAGAUGCAAAUCUUUGGUUAUGAUCAUGACUUUUCUUCUUUACAGUUAAUGUUUUUUAUUGUGCAUAUUUAAGUUGGGAUCAAUUCUAAAAGUAAUUUAAUCCGCAUUUAAUAAGUGAAGGGAUUGGAAUGUAAAGAUGGCUAAAAUGGUAUAGCCAUGAGAAUAUUUAUUAAAAUUACAUGCAUAGGCCUAUGUUUGGUUCAGGAAAAAAGCUACUACCAACUAGUGACCAGCAGCACACACGCAUAUAUUGCAGGCCUUCUCUGUGUUUGAUUUUUGUUAUGUUUAUGGGUUAAGGUUGAAACCCCCAGAGAUUUUCCCAUCUGUGGAAAACCCGGGUACACACUUUUAAAAUACAAUUUUCUGGGUUUUAAAAAAAUUUCAGCAAGUCACAUGUAGUCACUGGGAGGAGUAUAAGCCAGGACUUUUAAAAUCUAGUUAACUGUGCCGAAUUAUUAAGCUCAGUAGCUCUAGUAACUAAUGACCAAAAAUACAUUGCAAUUCAUUUUAAUUAUGAGAAAAGAACUGAAAUAACUUGAUUGCAGCAUUUUUUCCUCUGUUUAAUGAUGGAGUUCAUCCUGUCUGUUGUAAUAAUAGUAAUAUUGGGAUAUUAUUAUCAACACUUAUUCAGAUGAAUAUGACAUGCUUAAUUCAUUACUUACAUUACUUUAUUUUCUUUAAGUGAAGUGGUUUCUUAUAAUCUGGCAUUUUACUGUCUUUCACAAAAUUAUAUGUGUAUCUUUUAAAUAUAUUUUUACAGAUCAUUAUCUUUGUUACAAAAUGGUGAAACAUGGAAAUUCACCACUUAAGUCCCCUGAAAAAGUAGGUAAAAGUGCUGCAUCUCGUGCAAAAAUGGAAUUAUCAUCUCCAUCCAAAGUUGCAUGUAAUAACCUAACAUCUCCAGUCAAAUUCAUGUUAGGACAACCUGUAAGACUUGAACUGUCUGGCAUGAGCAGGAGACUGCGAGAUAAAAGUGAAUCACCUUCCAAAAAAUCUUUCUGUGGCAACCCUGAAGAUCAAGUUAACAGUUCUUCACCACACAAACGGAAAAUAAAUUUGAAUUCACCCAAAAAAUGUGCCUCACCACACAAAAAGGUCAAUUUAUGUGCACCAGUGUCUAAGACUGUUGAUGAACAAGAUGAUGGUGUGAUUGAUGAUGUCCAGAGGAUUCUGAGGCAGAGAAUAUCUCAGGUGAUUUCACCAUCAGAACUUAAAGGAUAUGAUAGAGAAAGAAAGUAAGUUUUGCUUCUAUAAAAAAUCAUUCAUUCCACUGUUAUUCAUACUUGGACAAUGUUCAUAUUGGUUUUUUUGAUUACAUCUGCUGACACAUAAAAAUUUAUAAUUCUCACAGACUAAAUUUAAAUAUACCAUGUAUAAGUAUCAUAUAAAUAAUUUGCACAUUUCUUUUACCUACUGCGAUUCUCUUUGAAACGAAUACAGGCAACUGUUUGAUCUAAUCAAGAGAACUGCCACUACAGGGGAGAGCAACUCUUUACUUCUUAUUGGACCUCGAGGCUGUGGGAAGUCAAAGGUAUCGGCUGAUAAAUUAAGACUGAUUUUGGUUUUUAACUUCAUAAGUACAGGGCAGUGUUUUAAAAACACCACAUCCUUCCACUCAGACCUAACUGAUGUUUUUCUUUUCCAUGCUUGUAUUCCCAGCUGCCGUAGAUCCCUCUCCACAUAUUCCAUCUAAGCCUAGGUCUGUCUUUGAGCCGUUUUUCCCUGGGGUUUUAGUGGUGCACACUUUUCACUCCUCUGUCAUUUGGCAUUCUUUCUAUGUGUCCUGCCCACCGUAGGCUGCUCUUUUUAAUUUUGGUACUAGCGUGUGAUCCUGAUAUUGACUAUACCAUUUCUGGUUGGUUCGUAUUCUCCAACCAUAUUCAUCCUUUGUUGAUCCCUAUACUUUCCUGAUAACUUUUCUCUCCCAUGUGUUUAAUAUUAUUAAUAAGUUUUCUGCCGUUUUUAUUAGGGUCCAAGUUUCAUUUGCGUAUGUUACAACUGGUCUGAUUACAGUUUUAUAUAUAGUUUUCUUUGUUUUCUGCCUCCCUAGAAAUGUGUCAGUAAACUGUGAAGUCAAUUAACCAAGUGGUUACUAUUUAAAAAGAACUAAUUACACACAAAUUUAUAUGUAGAUUAUAAAUAUAGUAAUGUUGUAAAAUGUAUAAUUUUUUUUUUUAGAUAGGCCUACCUCUAAAUCUAAAGAAAUAAAACUUGUUUUUUUUUAACCUCAGAAUUUCAGUAAGACUUAAAUUAAAAGUUCACAGGAACACCUUUUGUUUUCUCAGCAAUACAGUCAAUAAUUUUUUUUUUUUGUAAUGUAUUUUUAUCUGCUUAUGAUUUCAGCUUGUGGCAAACAUUGUUGAGGAUUUAUAUACAGACAGUUCAAUCAAGGAAAAUAUGAUGCUUGUCAAGCUUCAUGGUGAGUUAUUUCAUAUUUGACAAGAUCAUGGAAAUAUAUUUAAAAAACCUUUGGAGCCACUUCACAUAAUUAACUUUUUAAUGUUGCAUAUUUCAAUCUAUAAAUUUUGCUUAUCCGUGGUUCAAUGAAAAAUAACACAAGGCUAAGUUAAGAUUGUUGUCAUGUUCAGCAUUUUAAGACUGGUGACAAUUUUCAUCAUUAUGUUAUUCCAUUUAAUAUAUAACAAACAAUAUAAUUGUCUGUUUAUGACAGAAACUAUGGUGUAAUGGUCAGUUCAGUUGUGCGCAAUAUAAAAUUCUAGAUAACUGCCCUAAAUGAGAUUCUUAAAAAUACUGCUUGUGGGUUUGCGUAAUAUUUUCUUUUGUUUUAAGGAAAUAAUCUCAAAUUAAAAAUGGUAUAAUAAAUAUGGUGUGUAGAAGGGGGGUAAUACAUUAGAAUAUUAAUAUAGUUCAUGGAUGUUGAAAAAAGGUGUGCUGUCAAAUAAAUGGGGGUGGGGGUAGCACUAACUGGAAAUCUUGUAACAUGCAUUACUUGAAUACAUGCUUUGUCAAUUAACAAGUUGGGAAGUUCUCACAUUGCGGCUGCCAUUUUUUAAAGCGGCUUAUAACUGGUGUAUAAAUAUAUAUAUGUUUGUUAGGACUGCUGCAAACUGAUGACAGACUUGCACUAAGAGAAAUUACUCGACAACUGAAAUUAGAAAACACAGUUGGAGAUAAAGUCUUUGUGAGUAAUUUAAAUAAUAUACUCAUUUAAAAUAACAAUGUGCAUGAUUCUUUGUUAGACGAACUUUUUUUUUUUUUUCAGCACCUCUUAUCUUUGUUUUUACUCCACAAUAAACUUUUCUUGGAUUGCCAUGGUAAUGUUAUCCAUUUCAUCUCUAACUUCACAAUAAUCUUGAUUAUUUAAUUUCAGGGAUCAUUUGCUGAAACACUGCAGUUUCUUUUACAAGCUUUGAAAAAAGGUAAAUUAGUGUGUGUGUGUGUAAUGAAGUUUAUCCUUACAUUUUCUUUUUCAAUUUGUGGCAAGUGGAAACUGUUUUUAUUAAAUAAUGUGAUUACUAUGAUUAAAUGAUUUUUUUUUCUUUUUAAAGCUACCUUGAUCUGACAAAAUAAUAAUUGAAUAAUUUUUUUUAAAUAAUGAAAUUUGAAUUUAAAAACAUAAAACUGGACAAAGAAACUAAUUUUGCUUGGAAUUACGUUGUUUCACUGGUGCAUAUUUCAGACUACCGUACAUCUGCAGAUUUUGGUUUAGUUCCAGUGCCAUCAUUUGUAAGUUGUUUCCUUACGUGCAGGUGACCAAGACAGCAAACCCAUUCUGUUCAUACUAGAAGAGUUUGAUUUGUUUGCCCAGCACAAGAACCAGACUUUGCUGUACAACCUCUUUGAUGUGGCACAGUCGGCCCAGGCACCGAUUUGUGUUAUCGGCAUAACCUGCAGGCUGGUAAGAUAUAAACAGGGUUUAACCAUUUGAAAACCAAUCUCAAUGCACUGUCACAGGGUUAAUUUGAGAACAAAAUAAACUUAAGCAUUUUGAAAAUAAUUUUUGUGUGUGAUGUAAAGUUAUUGAAUAAAAUACAAAGACACAGCUAUAGGAAGAGUUGAAUGUGGAAAAAUUCAUCCUUUUACACAAUGCAAUUUGUAUUAAAAUGGUCAGUCUCAUAAUGAACACUUUUAUGUGGCUAGUUGAUUUAUUUUUUUUCAUUUCAAGCCUAUGGGUAACAUUUUUCAAUGCUGAAUCUGAUCUUGACACACAGAAAUGGUGCUUCCAAAUUACAUGAAUUAGCAAUUGUGUUUUUUCUUUUUUUUUUUACAUACCAUUUACAUCAAGACAUUAAAUAUUGUGUGCUAAAUGGGUACAAAUUAUGGAAUUCGCAAUAGCUUUCUUGAAUGUAAAAAUAAAAAGGUAUAUCUAUCAAACAGUGUACGACAAUUACAGUUGUUGCUUUUUUGUGUGGAAUGUUAGUUGUGUACCGUCUUAAUGCACUUUUGUUUCCACCACAGGAUGUCAUUGAGUUGUUAGAAAAGAGAGUCAAGUCCAGAUUUUCUCACAGACAGUUGCACCUGUUUAACAAACAAACCAAACAACAGUACAGAGAAUUGUGCAGAGCGUACCUCAGUCUUGAUGAUAAGUUCCCUCAUCCAGAUUUUGCCAUGCAGUGGAACCAAAAUAUCAAUGUGAGUAUAGAGAAUUGUGUAGAGCAUGUCUCAGUCUUGAUGAUAAGUUCCCUCAUCCAGGUUUUGCCAAGCGGUGGUGAGUUCUGUAUAUUUGAAAUAAAGAAGUAACUAAAUGCUUCUAGCAAUUUUUUCCCAAGCUCUCAUUCUGAUGAAAUGGGGCAACCUCGUAAAUUACAUGGUAAAUGCUCCUUUUGGAUAAACAUAAGUUUCAACUUUGCGAUAAAAACAAAAUCCAGUUAUUCUGAAUCUAUAUGAUCAUUUUUCCUUGCCACCAGCUAGCGACAUUGACAAUUCUGACUGGAUGAUAAAUUAUAACAAACCAAUGUAUUACUUCUCAUACAAGGAUCUUCUCGAGGAGGUUUCUGUGAAAGAUAUUUUGGAAAGGCACUUUUCAUUGACGAGUGAUGUUAGAGGACUUAUGACUCUAUUAGUAAGCAGCCCACUUCUCAUAUUACUGCCAUAUGUAUUUACUCACUGUAAACAUUUUAAAAAAAAAAAAAAUUAAAUGAAAUUAUUAUGUUGAUAAUUUUAAAUACUAACUUUAGAUAUUUUUUUUUUUUCUUUUUUUUUUUUUUUUUUUUUUUUUUUUUUUUUUUUGCAUAGACAUUCAACAAUCAAUAUGUUUAUUUGAUUAACAAGCUGUUGCAUGCAACUUAUUUUCAUUUUGAUUUUUGCACAGACAUAUCCCAUUUGCCAAGUAAGCUCUACCCAUCCCAACCUUACAGCAGGAGAUUUUGUGACUUCCUUCAAACUGCUCUCUAAUGAUACCAAAUCUGCAAUGCUCCAUGGUAAGCUUAUCAUUUCUUUUACACUAAGCGUACACAAUUUUAAUCUCCAUAUCAACAUUUUGUAAACAUAAUUAGCCUUUAAAGUUUAAUUCAUUUUAAAUUACAAUUAAAAUGGUUCUUUGGUGGAUGGAUUAUUUUUUUGUGCUCAAACAUGUUCGCUUAACUCUGCACAGCUGUUACAUCUGAUUGUUUCGUAAGCCUGUUUUCCCCCUUUUUGUUGCAACGAUUUCAUUGAAAACCCCCCAAAAAUAUUGCAGGGAUUGAUUCCCCCCCCCCCCUUUUUUUUAAUAAAAACUUGUAUAUUGAAUUUGUGGCAGGAAUCUCAACUCUAGAACUCUGCCUUGUCAUCGCCAUGAAGCACAUCACAGAGAUUUAUGAUGGGGAGCCAUUCAACUUUGAGAUGGUUUACAGUGGUGAGCUCAAGCUCAAUAUGUAAAUCAAGACAAUAAUCUUGAAACUAAAAAUAAAUGUGAUCGUCGAUAUAACAUCUUCUCUCUACUUCACCUUUUGUAUGUAAACCGGUAAAAUUGCAUGCUCUGGUUAAAGCUCAAGUGUAUUUUUUAAUAAAAAUGCUUUAUUUUAUUUAUUUAUUUUUGUUUUGGGGCCAAUUUAUUUUAUGAUGAAUGUUUUCAUUUGCUAAAGUCAUUAUUUUGUUUACCUCUGGGCUGGGGAUCGGAAUUGUUUCAUUCAAUUAAACCAUAUAUUUGUAUGGUUGUCUCGGUAGGAUCAUAACUUACAACAUAAUCUAUGUUAACAUCAUUGGCGAAUCGAUUCUUGGUGUAUUUAAUGAAGAGCCAAGUGGUUUCACUCUACAGAGUACCUCAAGUUUGCACGCAGGAGAACUGGAAUGCAAGUGUACGAGAAGGCAGUGGUCAUGAAGGUGAGCUGCCGAUGGGUUGGGUCUUCUUGAAAAUUGCUUUCUUCUGCCACGUGGUUCAUUUGUUCGAUUUCAUGUGUGUUUUAAUUAUUUGUUUUUGUUUUUAAAACGGUUACAUUAUGUGUGUGACCUACAGACGCCAGUGUUGCUACUGACGUUCAUGACACCUCAUUGCUACUUUUCUUCUUCUCAAUCGGUCUGGGCUAUUUAUGUCAUCUGCACCACCACAUGCACGAUCAAAAUGUCAGGUCAAGGCCUUCAGACACAUAACUUUAUUUACUUCAAUAACUUUACAUAUAUAGAUAUAUAUAUGUGUGUAUGUAUAUCAUAUAUAUGACAUAAUUCCAUCCUCGCGGGAUGAUGGAGUAGCUAUAUACACUUCAUCAAAUGGCUCAUUAGGCCAAUCCUGGAAUGGCAGUCUCUGCUUUUCAUAUAAUACUUGAAUAAAUGUAUAAUACAGCUCCAAUCCACAUUAUCAAUGUGAAAUAGUUGCAGUAAUGCUCUACUGAAUUAAGAAUAGGGUUAUACUAUACAGAUUCUCUUAGUGUCCCCAGACAAUAAAUUCAUUCAACCUUCUUCUUUGAACAUCCCAAGAUCACUCUCUAAUUUUACAUGCUCGCCAAUACGGUUGAUCAUAUAGUCCUGUCAAUUAUAAUCUGUAAUAUCUGUAUUAAUCCGCCACUUGAUUUCUUAGUGAUUUUUUCUUUAUGGUAAACAACACUUGAUUGUCAUUGUGUUACAAUAGACGUUCAUUGCAAGUUAUCCAAAAUAGUAUUACAGAAAUGCUUUGCUUCACGGCACAUCACUUUUUGUAUCAUAUUUGAUUGCAAAAUGUUAUUUCGACUGCUAUAAAUCCUACUCCAUUUAUUCCAAUCUAAAAGGUAUGUUUCAAAUUAUAUGUCUGUUUAAUAUCUCUACUUAGGCAUACGAACAUCUUCAAACUUUAGAAUUGAUACGUGCCCACAACAGUGCCGGUGGUGGUGCUGGAGGUUUUCUUAGUCUUAAAGAAUACAAGUUAAUGACGUUACAAGUUCAUCCUUCACAGGUAACAAUUUAUUUUUACAACCUAAUCCUGAUCAGGUUUUAACAAUUUAUUUUUAACAGUUCUUGGCUGGGCACAUUUCUUGACGUAUUUCUAAAGUUGGGAUUAAUAUGAGGUUAAAAUCAAAAUAAACUAUGGGGGAGCAAAAAUAUUUUUGUCUACACUACUCUACUCACUUGCUAUAAUAACUUUUAAUUUAUUUUCAUUGUGGAAGAAAUUAUAAAAUAUAUUGCUUUUUAAAUUCAGUUACACACUUUUUGCAUUAAGAAAAUGUGCCAUUUGUUUAUUUUUGAAGGUCUAUUUGAAUCGAUUUAAAAAAAAUUAAUUUGUAUCUUAAAACUUAUAACUUUUAUCUAAAUAAAUCAUAUUUUAAUUUUCAUAAAACCCUAGGAAAAUCUUCAAUUCAAAUCUGUAUUAUUUGUAAUUCUAAACAAUUUCUUAUUUCUGACAGUUACUGGAUGCGUUACAAAAAUACCCUAACUGUCCAACAGAGAUCAAGCAGUGGGCAGCACAGAGUAUUUCCUGAGAUCAACAUAUUACUUUUUUUGUCCUGACUCUUUAAUUGAUGUUUGUUACAUUUGAGCUUGUUGUAUUUGUGAAAAGAAUAAACAGAAAAUUUCAAUCACUUUGUAUUUUGCUUUAUUUACAUUUGAGCUGUUAUGAACUUGAGAACACUUUUUAAACAAAACAAAAUGGCAUGUGACAUUAUGUGAUGUACAUUAGUCAAUUUAGGAUGUGCACAUAUCAGGUUCAUCAUUUGUUGUAUAAAAAUCAUUAAGUAUACAUAAAAAGGUUUUUAUGAUAGGGCAUACAUUUUUCUUUUUAAAAAAAACUAACAAACUUUUGAAUUUUGAAGAGAUAUCAAAAUGUUUUGGGUCAGGUAUUUUUUAUACUAUUUACAUUCUGUAUGGCAAGACAGUGACUUAGUUCUUUGAGCACCAGAUUUAUAUUUAAUUAAUAUUUCUGCCUAUAGUAUCAAUUCUGAAUUAGAUAUACGCUUCUCUCAAUUAAAAAGCACUGAAAUAAAUUGUGAACACUCCAUGUCGAUAAAAACAAAAUAAAAUUUCUGUUGGAAUAUAUUUUUUUUACAGUUUGCAUUAAUUUACAUAAUUAGACCAUGUUUAAAUUUCAAAAAAGUCUUGAACAGAAUUUUAAAGAAUAUAAAAUAAAAAUGCAUUAGAUUUUUAACAGUGUUUCUGGUCUCCUUCAACUAUCUAUCUUGAGUGGACAUGAAAAAUUUAAUUUUGACAUCAGACUUUUCACUUAAAAUGUUGCUGUUUGCUCCUGAUAAAAAUUAUUGAAAAAUUGUCAUAAACUUUAUAUUAAGAAAGAAACCCAAAAAAGGGAUGAAACGAGAGGCUAAACUGUUACCAGGAUUCACAAAGACGACUCACAAUAAAAAUAAAAUCACACAUAUUAAAUGAUGGAAGGCUGGACACACUGAGUAUUAAAAAAAUGUAAAUGCCUUGAAAAAAAAGUUAAAAGCUUCACACCUAAAAAAAAAAAAAAAGUUAAUUACAAAACUCUUGGAUACUUAAAUACACAUUCUAUAAUCAAAAUUAUUAUACUUUUUGUACCAACAUAAUGUUAAGGGGGUUUCAUAAAAAGUUUCAUUUUGAAAGUUACUAAUUUUUAUUUUGUUUACACAUAUUAAAUGAUGAAAGGCUGGAAACACUGAGUAUUAAAAAAAAGUAAAUGCCUUAAAAAAAAAGUUAAAAGCUUCACACCUAAAAAAAAAAAAAAAGUUAAUUACAAAACUCUUGGAUACUUAAAUACACAUUCUAUAAUCAACAUUAUUAUACUCUUUGUACCAACAUAAUGUUAAGGGGGUUUCAUCAAAAGUCUCAUUUUGAAAGUGACUAAUUUUUAUUUUGUUACAACAUCAAUAUACUUUUUAAAAGAAAUGGUACUGAGUUAAAUUCAGUUACAUUACUAUGAUCUAGAAAAUAAUAGUUUUAUUACCAUUUAGCUGGUAAUACAUUUAUGGAAUCGUUUUGAUAUAAUCGUUUUUAAUGUAAAAAUGUUGGUGUGAUAUGAUGGUAUAUAUAUGGGACUGUGUUCAAGUUGUGUGAUGUAAAUAGUGAAACAAGAUGUGUUGAGGCUUGCAAAAAAAAAAAAAAGACAGGGAAGAUAACGUUUGUCUUUUUUUCAAGCCUAAGUACAUCCUGUUCAGCUAAUUUUUGUGAUAAUGAUGUAAGCUUAGUCUACAGUGAUUAGUUUUCAAAAAUAGCUCAAUGGAUGAUAAUGCUAGUUCAUUGUAAGUGUAGGUGAAAAAUUAAAGCAAAAAAAAAUCACUACUAAAACUGUUCCUUUCCUGAUCGCCCAACAUUCUAAUUCUAGUAUAAUAUUGAUUGAUGAAAAAGUUAGUCUACACCAGUGUUUCCCUGAUGUGGACUGUAUUCUCCACAGGAUUAUGGGGAGCCAUUAAAAUUUUGUCUUAGGGGAAAUCUAUUUAUGUUUUCAAAGUGGGAGAGGAGGCCAAUAUUAAACAUCACAUUUUUUUAAAAUUUAACAAGCUGUUGAAUGUCAUUGCAAUACAAAUAUAUUUCAUUCAUUUAUUUUAUCAUAAAACAUUGACUCUACAGGUCUAAAAACUCAGCAAAAUAUAGAAAUUUCGUUUUCACAAUGUCAACAUUGCAAUCUCUUUUUAAGCUCUUCCUCUUGACAGCCCAUUGAAAGUUUCUAGGUUCGGUAAGAUCAAAGUUUGGGAAACAGUGGUAUUAAAAGCUAAUAAAAAAUAUUUUUAAAUAUAAAGUGAGCGUGGGUAAUAUAAUAUUGUAUUUAGCAAAUGGACUUAUGCUCAAUUUUCCAACAAAGGACCAUUGCCUUCACUCUCACAAUCCAUUUUAGUAGAUACAAUAGCACAACAAAAAUAAUAUAACGGCAAGAGUAGAUAAAAAAAAAAGAAAUUAAUUACUUCAAAAACUAUCUUCAUAGUUUAGAUUGCAAAACUUCAUAAUGUAAGUUAAAUGUAUAAAUGUACUAAAAAGUUUUCCUUAAUUUAU